AUGGAAUGGCCGCGCCAGCAGCCUGCUGUCGAGCUGCCGCUGCCUCUUGGCGCUGCUGGGCGCGUUGGCGACGUUCAUCACCAGGUCGCAUUGCUCCGAACUGUUCCUCCAGAUACAGUUGAUGGAGAAAUUUCUCCUCGCCAACUACAAAGGACAUCACACCACAAGAGAUUCAGCAACAAUUGCUUUCAUAAAAUACCAUUAUAUCUAGAACAAGCUCCGUAUCGUACACAGGUUAUCAAGAGGAAUACAUAUUUGGUGUCCAAUAAUUUUCAGUAUCUCUGAUGACUGUGAUUGUGUGUCAUUGAUUUAUUGAACUUCAAGAAAUUGACUUAAGUUGGGCAAAAAACUUAUAUGAUGAGGCAAAUUCUUUCCUCUCUCAGUUAAGCCGACUGUGAGAGAUGUGCAUGAAUGAAUAAUUAAUCUUCACUUCCACGCUCAUGAUUAACAGAAAACACAUAUAUGGUCUUCAUAUUCAAUUUUGAUUGUGUUAUUGAAAUAAAUAAAUAAAGUAAAUGGAUAUAGUGGAUUUAGAAUCAGAGGCAUCUGAGGAGUAUGAAGACUUUCAUCCGUCCAAUCUUCUGGAGGUGGUUGUGAAAGAAACCGACAAUUCAGAAACUGAUUUAAAAAAUGAUUAUUACUCAUCUUUCUCUGGAGAACCAUCAUCAGAUUUAUUUUCUGGGUUUCAUUACCUGAACCCAAGCCCUGUUCGAGAUAACAAUGAUUUUCAGCAUCAGAAAGAGGAACCAAAGAAAGCAUUGUAUUGGAGAGUUUGCUCUCUUUGCAAAUUUCGGGAAAUUGGUGGAAAAGAUACUGUAUACUCCUAUCACAGAUUUCCAUUAGACAGAAGUUUAUGUCAACAUUGGAAGAAAAUAUGUAACUUCAGUGACAGUGUUGAUGUUAGCCAUUUGAAAUUAUGCUCAAGACACUUCACAAAAGAUGAUUUUUUUGACCCUGAUGCAAAGAAUUGGGGACAUUCUUUGAAAUUAAAACCGAGAGCAGUACCAUCUCAGAAUAUUCCUUCCACCAGCACCUCUGGGCAAUCUCUUCCAAGAACAUCUGGACAGCAAGAAAACCUUAUAAAAUCAGCUACCAGCACAUCCCUUCAAUCAAUUACAGGGUUAGAUGUAGUCAACAAGCAAUUGAUUGCACCAGUCUUAAUUAGAGAAGAGAACAAGAUGCAUGGAAAUGAUGUCAGUUCAAGUUUUGGUAUUUCUAAUGAAAGGUUGUUACCUACGACAAAUGCGAUUGAUCAGGAAGAUUCUGAGCCAAAAGUGGAUUCUACUUACUGGAGGUGUUGCUUUUUAUGCAAGUACAGAGAACGUGGUGGCAAAAAAUCUACUAUGUCGUUUCACAAAUUUCCGACAGAUGAUAAAGCUUGCAAACUGUGGAAACAAGUUUGCAAUUUAAGUGAUAAAGAUGAUGUGUUUCCUUUAAGACUCUGUUCAAAACACUUUCAUGCAGAAGAUUAUGUAGAUAUAAAAGCGAGGCACUCAGGAGGCCUACUUCGGCUGAAACCUGGAACUGUUCCAUCAGUAGAUGUACCAAAUCCACUUAGUCUUAAGAGCACUCCUGCAAAAUACUUCAUUUUGUCCAACGUAGCUGGCCAGAACCCUGCCAAGAAUGGCAUUCAGCCUGGAAGAGUGCUAAAUUUGCUUUUUCGUGACUCUGCGACUGGUGCCAUAAUGAACCAAGGUGUGCCUUUACGAACAGUGAUGAUACCAAAUGGAAAAAAAAUAGUUCCUGUGUGUAUGUCUGCUCCAAAAAUAGUUGAAAAAUCAGCCAAUUUGGCCACACCUAAAGAGGACCUUCAGAAACCAUCACCUGAUGUUGCAAAACAGGCACCAAAAGAUGCCUCUCAAAAAUUAUCUCUUACCAAAAAGGUUUCUUCAGGACCUUCAAAUUCAAAAGAUGCCAAACUUAUUAGUCAACCACGAGUUCUCAUUAAGCGUUUGAGUAUGGAAGAUAUAGAAAAAUUUCAAAAAAGACUUAUUACCGAACAACAGUUGAACAAGAUAUUGCAAAUUAAGGACAAACCCAAGAAAAUAAAAUCAGAAGCUGUUCCUAGUAAACCUAACAAAGAUGUGGAUCUCGAUAAUGACUCCACUUCAGAUGUAGAAAAAAGUAAUGGAAAUCAGAAAAGUGAAAAUGGAUGGAAAAAGAAAAAAUUAUAUUAUAGAUAUUGCUAUUUGUGUGAAGAGUUUAAGGAUCAAGAAGAAAUGGUUUCACUGCACAAAAGAGGAUGUCCUGGUUCCUCCUGUGGUGUAAUUUAUGAGCCUAAUGUCCGUGUAAACUUUGAAUGUCACCCGACUGUUGCUAAUUAUACAGUCCGCUAUUCGGAAAAUCCCUACAUCUGCUCUAAUAUCGUGUCGCAACUUUCUCUUUUUGAAAAGGAAACCUGCUAGCAACCAAACUAGCCUCAUAUUUCCAUCAAAUCCAGAACUCUGUAAAGAAUGGAUAAAAGCUUGUAAUCUAACUGAUCAGGAUGACCUUACUGCUGUUCGGAUUUGUUCUCUACAUUUCAAGCCAGAAGAUUUAACAGAUACAAAAGUCAAAGCGUCAGGUUGUUGCAUGAAAGUAAAACCGGGUGCCAUUCCAUGCAUCAAAGUACCUAACGUACCAGAAGACCCUGAGUCUUCAACUGAACUUCAGAUUAAAAGUGAACCUCUGGAUGAAUUUGAUCCUUCAAACCUCUUGGAAGUAGUUGUUAAUGAGACCAGCACUGUUGAUGUGGGAUUAGAACAAGCAGAUGCUUGUUUGGAUAAAACCAACUCCUGUACAAGAUCUUGUUUCUUGUGUGAAUACAAAGAAAAUAUUGGUAUUCAGUCUCCCAUAACUAUGCACAGGCAAGUUCAAGAUUCCCUCAUGAUACCCAGGUGAAUAGAUUGUGGAAGAAGGUGUGUAAUUUAAUUGAACAUGAUUAUAUGAACACAUCAUCACUGCUGAUAUGUUCCAAUCAUUUUGUGGAUGAUGACUAUAUUGGUUUUUCAAACGAACCUGGUUGUCCACGAAUUUUGAAACCAAGUGCGGUCCCAUCGAUUUCUGUGCCAAAUCCUUUAAAAACAUUUGAAUCAAGUGAACCGGGCACAGUAGAAAAGAGGGAUGUAAUCAAUUCACCAGAUAUUGUAGAAGUAACAUUGGAGCCUGUUAAGGCUAAAAAGCAAAUUGUAAACCCAGUGAAAGUAAACAUAUCGAAGAAAAAUGACAUUAGUAAUCAAAGCGAUAGUCCUGGGAAGUUCCAAGGUAUAUUUAAGGCUCUCCCAAAGCCUGAAGAUUUUCUUCCACACUCUAAAUCUUAUCAUCACAUUAUACACAAUCAAAAAAUUGCAGUUCAAUCCAAAAACACAAAAAGUGUUUCAAAUCCUAAUGGGCACGUGGGGGUUAGAGAUCCAAAGCAAUCUAAUUUUUCUCAAUUUAAACUCGUCCGACCAGCACUGUCAGAGGGAGCUGUCCCAAAAGUUCAACCGACUAUGGAGAAUACAAGUACUAAAAUUCCAGUAUUUUUCUCAAACUCUGCUAAUUAUUCUCGGCCUAUGAGAAUUCUGCACACUUACAGUGGUCCCAGAUUGCCUUUGGCGCCGACGGUUACAUAUGCCCCGCCGGUUCAAAAUACCCCAUAUGCCCCCCGGUUACUGGCUCCCCCAGGGCUUUUUGUUCACCCCCAGACUUUGAGGAAACCUGCCCAAGUCAUAGAUGGCUCGACUCAGACCCUUGCUGCUGCUGCCUGGCAGGUGGAGCAGUCCUGUCAGACUGAUGCAGAAUGUAAUGAGGGUGAUGACAUGGCAAAUGAAGUUAUAGAAUUGGAUGAUUCCCCACCUCUGAAAAAGCGACGACUCUCUCUUUCUUCGGCGGAGUCAUCUUCUUCAGAAAGCACCGAGCCUAAGCAAGCAUGGAAAGAAGGGCAACUGAAAAGAUUGAGAGACAGAAACAUGGUGGAAGAGCAGAUGAACCGCAUCAAGCAGCGUAUCAAUUCUUUGGAUGAUUUGCUGUGCCAUCUCCAGAAAAGGGAUCUUCUGUCUAAAGAUGCAGCUGACUUCCUAAUGAAUUCCAUGUCUGAAGAGCUCAAUGAACUCCAUGACUUAAUUUCGAAAAAAUUACAAGCGCGAGGCCAUGGACCUUGGGGAAUUGAAUUGAGAACUUUUGCAGUGACUCUUCAUUUUUUUUCUGUGGAUGCUUACAAUUAUGUUAAUAAUUUAUGGCCAAAUCUUGUACCUCGUGUGUCUACAAUUAAGAAGUGGUUCAGUGUGGGAAAUGCAAAUCCCGGUUUUUCACAAGAAGCUUUAGUUGCUAUUUAUCUUCAGACUGCGGGCAGAAGUGAUGGGAUAUUAUGCAACCUUACAAUUGGUGAAAUGACACUGCGGCAAGAAAAGGUGUUCAAGAAUAAUAGGUUUUACGGUGGUGUGGACAUGGGCACGGGACUAAAAAUGCAGAGUGACAGCCUUUUUGAAGCACAAAGUGUGUUAGUAUUUUUUGUAACAGCUUUAAAUGCUUCAUGGAGUAUACCUGUUGGUUAUUUCUUUAUUAAAUCAUUAAAUGCUAAAGAGCGGGCAAAUUUGCUUGAAAUUUGUUUGAAGUUGCUUCAUGAGGUUUGUGCUAAUGUGAUAUCCAUAACAUUAAACGGUUCCCUUGUGAAUACAAACAUGUGUACCCACCUUGGAGCAAACUUCUUGUAUGGUGAAAGAUUCCAGCCAUGGUUUUUGAAUCCAGUAACUCGUGAAAAAAUAUUUGUAUUUUAUGAUGCUUGCUCUAUGAUGAAAUUGGUACGAGAUGCUUUAGGUGACAAAGACAUUAUUUUAGAUUCUGAAAACAAAUUUAUUAAAUGGGCUUACAUAAAAAAACUUUGCAAAGUGCAAUGUGAGUUGCCUUGGGAAGUGGACACAAAGCUUACCGAAUCACAUGUGUCAUACCAAGACAAAAGAACGGAUAUAAAAAUAUGUCUUCAGACACUCAGCAGGAGUGUGUAUAAAGCUUUCAUGAGUGUUCUGGAAAAAAAUAUGGAGGCAUUUGAAGGAUGUUAUUCUACUGCAGUAUAUUGUUUAAUGUUCAAUAAUAUUUUUGAUAUGUUAAAUUGCAAAAAUGUGUUUUCAAAGAAGAAGUAUAGAGUACCUGUGAAUGAAGAAUCCAUCACAUCAUUGCGACAAAGAGCUAGUGUAUUCAUAAAGUAUAUAUUGGGUUUAAAGAACAAUUAUGGUACACCAUUGGUAGAGUCUUGCAGGAAAACAGGGUUCUUGGGAUUCAUUGCCUCUUUAACAAAUAUUUUUGAACUUUAUGACAAGGGGAAAUCUUUAGGUUUGAAACAUUUAUUAACACAUAAAUUGUCGCUAGAUAAUGUAAGGACAUUUUUUAAUGCCAUGCAGAAGAAUAAUGUAAGAAAUGGCUAUUUGAGUGCCAAGGAGUUUGAAUGUAUCUACGGAAAUUUAAUUUUGAAAUGUGGUAGGAAUUUUGAAAACAUUGAUUAUUUGAUUAAUGGAAUUGAUAUUUUACGUGUGUCUUCUUUAAAAGAAAAUUACACUGAUCCAAUUUUUGAUUACAACAAUCGCAUUUAUUUAGAAGGAGUAGAUCAGGAAUGUUUUAAUGCUGUCUUGUCAUUAAAGCCAAUUAUGGGAGAUGUAAUUAAAUACAUGAGUGGUUUUGUUGUCAAUAAAAUUUUGAGCCGAAAACUUUGCGUAGUUUGUGCAGAACAUUUGACAGAUAUUCAGAAUGUACAAUUGCUUUUAAGGAAAGAAAACCAAAGGAAGUAUGUAGUUCCCUCUGUAGAUGUAUAUAGGAUAUGUAAAAUUGCUGAAAUAAUUUUACGAGAAAAUGGAGCUUUGUCUCUUAAACAGUCAAACACCAGAUUUCUUGUUCUGAAAAUUCUGGAACAAGUGGGGGAAAAGGUAUUUAAUACUGCUAAAAUGAAAGCUCAUCUACUUGACCAAGGAAUAUUUGAUAACCAUUUGACUCAGCUGUGUCACUUAGUUAUAGAAACAUUUCUUGGCAUGCGCAUGUUCCUUCAGAGUGGAGCAUAAACUCUUCCAAUUGAUGAUGUAAGAGGCUGAUUUCAAUAAAGUUAUUAUUUGUGCAAUUUAUAAUCCUCACCAACCUUUUAUGAAGACAUGGUGAAAAUAAGCAAGAUAUUUUCCAAAAAUAUUUUUUUAUACAAUUUUUUCUAAUAUACUUUGUUCAUUAAAAACUAUAAGGAAUUUUUGUAGACUUUUGUGAGUGAUGCCUCUUAAUAUUGCACAAAAACCUGUACUGCAGUCAAGAAAAGCCAAUUGUGUUUGUAUAAAAUGCGUUCGUUGCUUUUCAAUGUUUGUAUGCAAUACACUUCACGUUAUAUCAUGCAUUCCAUAAUUAUAUUUUCUUUGUUUUCAAUUAAUGUUGAUAAAUCAUGUUGCCAUUUCCUAACCUUUUAAAAAAAAAUAUCUUUGUGAUUUUCAAAAUCUUUUGUUUGAAUUUUGUGCUUGCACUAUUUUACAUCAAUCUCACUUUAAUCUCAGUAAUAGAUUAUUUAAAUGUUUUACUUUUUAGUUGUCAUAAUAAUCUUGCCAGGAAGGUCAUCACCUCUUGUGUUGGAGGAUUUGCACAUAUAUGUUUAUAUUGCAUUGUCAAGUGAAUUUGGUUAUGUUCCAGAAUUUGCUUCUUAAUUUAAAAAAAAUAUCUUUAAUGUAAUUUCAUUAUUUUUCUGUUUAUUGUCUGUGUGUACAGUUCUCUUGUUUUGUUUUCAUGAGAAUUUUAUUAUCGAGAUUGAGUAUCCCCUUGUAUUGUUCAACAUUACUACUUUUUAGAAGCAGAAGUAUUAAAGUUUGAAAGAAAAAAAAAAAGGGAGGGAGAGAGGGAUUUUGAAUCAAUAAAUUAACUAAUAAGCAGUGUGUCCAUAACUUAUGAUUUACUCUCAAAAGUAAUGAUUUUAAAUGAUGAUGUACUUCGUUGACUAUGUUUUUGAAAUGUAUCAUAGAGCGUCUUAAGCUACUGUUGUUGAUGUUGUUGUUUUUUUCCAUAUGUUGAAAACAUUGUCAGUUAAUCUACAAGUUGCUAAAUAUCACACUUGAUCCUUAUUGUCAAAAUACUGGGCUCCAACACCAUUCUUUCAAUUGUAUUUUAAAAUUUCAGUAUCAAUAUGAACCAGGGUGGCCACUUUUUGGAAAACUAGGAAAUGAAAGGGAAUUUCAUCUAGAAAACUCAAGGGAAAAUUCGGGAAUUUUUACAAGUCUUGAGAAGACAUAAUUGGGACAAUUAUAAAACCAUAUAUUUUUUUAUAAAUACUCUUGAUACAUUGUUUUUGGCUCAGUUUUUAUUUGUUAAGCAAAAAUUGUAUAUCUUGUCUUUACUACAGCAAAAUCGAUGAGCUGACAAAUGGAAAACUAGAGGAAUGAAGUGCUUUGAAUCAUUGUGUUUGUCUUGUCUGCCUGUCUUUCUCUCUUUCUUUUCCUCAUUCACAAUGUGCUAGGGCAAAGGCAUUUGAACUACUGAAGUGAAAUAGGUUCAGACGAUCACUGCAUUUUCAUAUUAGUUGUGUGUUCUUUUAAAAUAGUAAUGGUGAAAGAUCAGUUUUUCUGUAUCUAAAGAAGUUUGUCCAAUGCUCAUUCUCACCUCUCAUGCCAAUCUUUUGAAACUUGUCCAAUGUGAAGACAUUAGACAUUAAAAUUUUCUUCACCAUUUGUCUGUCCUAAAAAGAUGUGCAAUAAGUGAAUUGGUGCAUUGGCUUGCAAUAUACGGUUUGCUUGCAGCCAGAAAGUGUUAUUAGGAGAGACAAUGAAUGCUCACUCCUGUAACUGAAUGUGAAUUAGUUAUUACAGCUUUUUAUGGAAAAAAGAUUCUCAUAAUGGAGAAUUGGAAAAGAGGAAGCCUUGCAACGAAACUUGCACCAAGGUUUUCUGAGCUCAUUUUGGUGCAGUAAUAGGCAUGAGAAAGAAAACUACAAAUAUGACCAAAAAUAUGAUUGUGAAUCUUAUUUAUAUGUAUAAAUUUAUAUUAAAUAGUUUGAAAUUGUAGGUAUUAUAAAAACUAUUUCCAAAAUAAUGACUAGUUCUUAAGUAUAACUUUUGUAUAUUUUAUUUAAAUACUUUAAAAUAAUGUACAAACUUUUAUCUAGGGGAAAGAAAUUACUGGAAUGAGUAGGAAAAUUGGUUCCAGGUAAUGAGUGUUCUCCCUUCUAAUGAUGCAUACUAUGCAUUGAUCCAGAAAAAAAAAAUUAUAUUUGUGCUUAGCUUAUUUGUGUUGUAUCUGUACUUGGAUUUAUUUAGAGCAGCUUCUGAUGUAAAUCAGAUGUUAUGGAGUCAUCCGAUUGGAAGGUUGAACGUCACCAUAGUGAUAUUGUAGUGAGGUGUUAGCUCCUGAUUCGAUGACAUCAUAAACUGAUGACCUGUCAGAGGCAGCUAUAAAUAAAUUGCAGUAUAGUCUAAUACUCGACGGUGCUAAAAUAUUGACUAGUACACAUAUAAGUAACAAUAAAGAUCUGAAUUCGAUAGUAUACCAUCCAAUUUUUGGCAUCCCCGCCUUUUUUUACUUUGAAUAGAAUAUAUGGGAGAAAAGCAGUCUCACUUGUUGCAUAAUUACAAAAAAAUAGGAAGUACUUCUUUUUUCGUUAUUCUUUGUUGUGUAAAAAUGUAUAACAUUAAUUUCAAGAAGAGAGUACCAUGAAUCUCAACCCAGUCAGCACAGGUGACCAAAGUUGAUUGUACAAAUUUUAAGAGCAUGCUAGUUCAAUGUCUAGUUGAGCAUUUAUAUCUAUACAAUGAUGCCAAUAUUUGUUUCUUCUGAGUGCUGGUGUCAGUUGUCUGCUUGUUAUGCUGCCACCUACCAAUAAACAUCUAAGGCACCUAUUUUUAUUAAUAUAUUAUUAUUAAGAAUGAUUUCUAUGUUAUAUUUGGCUUGAAGUCAUGAAUUAAGGAGUUUAUUAGAAAUCAUAUGUAAGCAUUUUAUUAAAUAAAAGGCCUGGAGGACAGUUUUUUAUAUGUAUAUUAUGAAAGACACACAAUCUGCCAUUUCAUAAAGCAAAUAUCUUAAGAGUAAAGACUUGGAGAUUGCACAGGAUGUCAUUAUGUCUCAUUCAGCUUGCAGUACAGUAGUAGGAAGCAUUUUGACAGGCAGUGUCUACGGAAGUAGAUCAAAGCAAGUAGCAUAUCAGCACUUCACAUUUGUAGGGACAAGAUAGAUCAUCUUAUUUCCUCUUGGCCAUGCAGUGCCACUUGCCUACUGUGGUUGCAAAGUAAAUGGUACAGUAUAGUUUAAUGGCAAGGGAGUCUGCUUCUUUCUUACAGAGAGAAAAUUUGUUUGUUUAAUUGUAUCUAUAUUUCUGUUCAGUUAUUGGCAAACGCCUAUGUUAUCAUCUGUCAAAUUUAGUGUUUGUGUGGAGUUUGUCAAGUUAUAUUUAUUCAAUUAUAACUUAGCAAACUAUCAUGUUUCAGAAAAUGAAAAGUGUUUGCUCAAGAUGUAAAGGAAACAAGAUAUAAGUGUAUUUUGUUUACUUUUUUUAUUUUAUAAAUUCAGAAUAAUUUUGUAUCCCUCUUUUCACAUUUAAUAUAUGUUUCUCUGAAUUGUACAUAUUGCAUUGAAAUACUUUAAUUCAUGCCUUCUGAAAGAACAUUAUUGUGAGAAAUCUGUACAGAUAUUUUAAUUUCCAUGAGUGUGCUUUUUGGCAAAGAUGGUUUCUCUUUUAGUGCAUUACAGAUCAAAUUAAAAUCACUGCUUCUUUAUUAAGCACUGAAAUACUCUUGUUCCAAAAUAUUUGCCUGAAAUAUGUUAAAACAAGUUUUGCACAUGACCAGUUAAUGUUAUUUGAUAUGUGUGCCCACAAGUUGUUUAUAAAAUUAAAUGUAUCUAUUUUUAUUGUAAUACAGGAAUAUAGGGUGCAUGAAAAGUUUUGUGUCAUAUGUAUUUUCAUUGGAGCCAUUUUCAUUAGGACCUUGAUAACUGCAAAUAAGCAAUCAGAACUUUCGUGUAGAAGUUUUAUAUAAAUUAUGAUGUACAUUCAGAAUGGAAAGGCUUGGUUAGAGGGAAAUAUUUAUAAUUUCGAAAAUAGUGUAUUUUCUCAUAGCCAAUGUGAUAAGAUGUCUCAGCUGUAGCUCGUCAGAAAAUAUUUUCAGGAAUUCGAGAAUCUGCAGGGAUGCGCAAUAUGGAAGUCGCUUUAUAGAGGUACUUCCCUGUACUAAAUUACACUAAAAUUUCUUCAAUCAUACAAUUUACUUGUGUAAUUUUUGUUCUCAUGUAUUUUAGGCCCCUUCAAUUUUUGAGCCAUGCAUAUAACUUUUUAACGUGUUAAUUUCCAAAGUAAAAUUCUGAUUGUGUUUCAAAACAAAAUUAUUAGUGUAAACUUUUAAAAAUUAGCAUAAGUAAUAUUAAGACCAUUAACUUUCAGUGUUGCAGAUAACAGUGAGAAAAGAAACGAAGGGGAAACUAGGGUAUUGUCUAUGUGUGAGUAUGUAAUUGUUAAUAGAAAAUCUGAUGUAAAUCUUACUGUUAAAUGAUGAAAUUUGUCAUUUUUCAAUUUAUAAAUGGUUAAACAAAUGUUGCUAAUGUCUGAUAACUUAUGUAUUUAUAGCAGAUUCAUUGCCCACCAGCAGGUAGUCUUAACUGCCAAGGGUAUUGCUGCUACAAAUAUAAAACUAAUUCCUGUCACUUUAAUAGACAAUGAAAUUGGGGUGGGCACAGCCUUUUGCAAGAAACAGACUAACCCUUAACCUGGCUCAAAGAAUUUUCAUAGAUUUUUGAAAUUAUGAGUGUGGAUCAGGAGAUAUUGACUGUGCUGGACUUUUUUGUAUUUUUUUAUAUUGGUAAUAUGUGCUUUAAGUGAUUUUUCUGGAAUACUUUAUAAAUUGAGAGCUGGUUAAUAUUUGAACAUAUUGUUGUAAAUCAAAGCAUUAUUUUGAUAUCAAAUUGCUUGUAUAUUUAAUUCUGGAAUUUUAAAACUAAUUGCAUAUCAUCUUUAUGCAUGGCAACAGGGAGCAGCCAAACAUUUUUAAAGUUCUCUUUCUUUAGAAGACUCAAGAGUGUGUUUAUCAGUUUCUCUUUGUGUUUCUAGUCAAAAUACUUUCAGUUUUUUUGGUUUGUUAAAUGUUUUCAAACAAAUAGUGGAUAUAAAAUGGUGAACUUGCUUUGUGGACAUUAUAAUUUGGACAAUAGAUACCGUUGUGUAGUAGAAUUUCCAGGAAAAUGAAGUACAUUUGUAUGUAUGAAAUUAAAUCUAUUUCUCUUCUUUUGUUUUUGACUUUUUUGUGUUUGAAAGUGACUUUGUUUACAAUGUUCAUUAAAUUUUGUUAAGUUUGAGGUCCUAACUUCAGUGGUUUAUGAGAAUACAGCUGUCACGCACAACUUUCUGGUUACCCUUUGUCAAACUGUAAAUGUGAUAUAUUAGAUACAAAUGUUCUUGUAUAUAUUGUGUAAAAUAGUUGUGUCAAUGAACAGGAUUUUCUGAUUCUUGUUCUUUUUGUGAUGUACAAAGAAA